CGCGCCGAUGGGAACUGGUCCGAUGGUGUCUGGCCGGCCGCCCCUGAAGUUCUCGCCGGCGAUGUGCGGCAGGAGGAGGUUCGGGAGCCUUGAGACCCAGACCCCAUCGCGUCGCGGAAGAACCACGACGGGAGGUCUUUCGCUAUUUUCGGCCUUUGGAGGCCCUCGCCGGGCCUCGGGACCGUCAAAGAGACGACUCGGGACGAAGCACCCGUCCCAGGGAAGGGAGUCCAGACCUCUCGGGGUCGACGUUGUGAGAGCAUCGCGAGGUCGGGGUUCUGGGGACGGGGGUGAAUGCAAACGGGGGUCAGUCAGGGGUGACUGGCGUCUGAGACCUAAAAGGGCACGUGUGGCUUCUCGGAGGAGGCCCUCCCGGCUUCCGAGGAGCCUUGUUUUGGAUCGGGGCUCGAGAGGCGGGGGUCCAUGCAAACGGAGUCCGUCAGGGUGCCAGAUCUGGCAGGAUCCUGCAGAGCCAGGGUCGCAGUGACCCAUGGUCUGGGUGCAGGAUCCUGCAAGAUCCUGCGAGAUUUUUCGCCUGGUCCUGCAGCGCCCGACUGACCCUGGUUUGGAUUGACAUGGGUCAGCAUAUCCCCGAGAGGUUUGCCUUCAACGACCUGGUGAGCGCGCGAGAGGAGAUCCAGAUGGGCAUCUUCCAGGACACGUUCUGGCUCGCCUACGCGUGGUGCUGCGGCCUGGGCUGUCUCAGCCCUUCUCGGGAUGGCUGGUGCCUUAACAUCGGCCAGUGCUGCUGCUGCGCUGGCACCUGCAGGGACGCCGCGUGCUGGGACAACGACGGCAUCGUGGCGAGCACCGUGAAGAUCUGCUGCUGCGUCUGGCAUUCCGAGGCGCCGCCGAGCAUGACGCCGGGCUUCGGGUGUGGGUAUCCCUGGUCGGGCUGCUUCUGCUGCAGAAACAUGCCCCCGCCCAACAUCCUCGAGAUGCCCAGAGGGCUGGAAGACCCCAACGAGCGCGAGGAGUUCCAGAUACUCAUGGGCACCUGCUGGUGCUUCUUCCUCUACUGCUGCGGCCUCGGCUGCAAUCCGCCUGGGGGCAACGAUACCUGCUGCAAGUUGGAGGGGAAGCUCUGCUGCUUCUGGGCAAACCUGGAGACCGAUGACUCCUACGAGGAGACAGAUCGCGCACACUCAGAAGUGCUGCUGCCUCGUCUGGGACGCGUCACUGCCCGCCGGCAGGACGCCGGGCUGCGGCUGCUGCAACUGCCUGGUCGGCGGGAACGUCCAGCAGCCCUACUACCCAGGCUACUAGCGCGGAGUGAGGCCACCAGGGUCCCUCAAGGCACGGAGUUCGAGAUCUCUGCUUCCCUGUAGGGGGCUGGCAGGAGGUUCCUCGUCGCCGCGGCUGAGCUCCCUUCGAAAAUCUGGCCACAACGCGUUCAAGGAGAGGUCCGUGGGGCCGAUGCAACACGAAGAAGGUUGUGGAGGAGCAGGAGGCGGAGGAGGAGGAGGAGCAGGAGGAGGAGGGCUUAGACUUGACCGACCCAGAGCGUGGCAGGCCUCUCGCAGGCGCUCGGCGGCGGCCGGCUGCUCGGCGAGAAGGCUUCGGUGCUCCGCGGCGGCACGCGCUGGCCAGCUGGCGCAGAGUGAUGCCACCGCGGGCGAGCCUCCCUGGGCACGGCGCUCGGACCUCCGGGCGGACGGCCAGGGGCGCCCGGUCGGCUCCCGCGAGAGGCCCCGCUAAGCCCGCUGGCCCGCGCCGCCCGCAGCCGUCGCGGCCUGGGCCGGCCUUCCCUGCCUGUGUCCCUUUCCCCCCCUCCUUCUCCCUCCCUGCUCGCUGCUCCUGCCUCCAUCCUCUAUGUCUCCU